ACUCCUGGCCACUCCUUUAUUGUCAACAAGGGUCUUUACAUUUCGGCCCAAGAUAAAUAGUCCUAAAUCUGCAGCCACCAGGUCUGUAGACAUGUCCUUGUAGUCCUACCCUAUUUUAUUUUUCAGUAUGAAUUGCAGUCACUCAAUCCUUCAGUCUUGUUAUCGCGAGACUUUGGACGAUUCUUCACAUCUCUGAUGCCAACUUCCUCCUAGCAGUACGACUGGGCGCCGCGUCUUUGAAUGUAAUUCAAGUGUUAUAAGGAUUUAACCUGAGCGAGAGAGUAACUGUCCCACAUUUAUCCACUGGCUGUCGGGUGACUUUAUCGACCUCCAUCUUUAGUGAUUCAUUUUGCAUUUACCCAUGUAUCCUGGCAGGCUAAAAGCUAGUUGCUAUGUUGCAUUUGUUCUCUUGUUUACACGUUAGCACACACUGGAAGAAAUGCUGUCGUUAAUCAGAGCACCGACUGCUUCAUCAGCUUACAUCCUCUCUUGUUAUUGAUAGUAGGGCGUUUAAUGUUGGUGUGUUUCACUACACGUCAGGCUGUUCGCAUUAACCGCAUUGCUUGUCAUACAUGCAUAACGCGCGAGCUUGAAAGAUAAAGCAUUGGAUGAGUUAAGAUCGUGAAAAGCUGCAGAUGUUUGAGCUGAAAACACAAUGAGAUGCAUGAGCUGUUAUUCGCUGGGAUAGAUGUGAAGUCGUUGCGUAGCAUGGCAGCAUCUCAUGGCACUUCAUAGCUGCCACAGCAGAGGACACUGUAGCAGUGGCUGCAUCCCUCAGCUGCCUCUGCAAGACAACAACAGAAGAAAACAACGCUUUCAAUCAAUCUACAACAUUAAAACACCGACACUGAAGACAAUGGAGUCUGUGAGGAGCGCUUUCCACGCACAGCUGGCCACCGUCAUGGACUCGCUGCUGGCAGCCGCUGUGUGUGAGAUCGCCAAGGUUUUUGAGAGCAGCCUGUGUGAACAGCAGGCGGAGCUCGCUCGGAAAACAGAAGAGAUCUCCAUCCUCCGAGGCAAGCUGGUGGAGAAGGUGGAGAGGAGCAGGCCUAAGACGAAGGGUGGUGGGAGCGAGGAAGGAGAGUUGUCCUCGGUGGACAAGGAGAGCUGCUUGAGACAGCAGAGUCUGGCAGCAUCAGGCCUGAAUGUUGAAAAGGAUCCAUUGUCUCACUCAGACCCAGUCGAAGGACUCAGUCAGAACCUCAGUGGGCUAAAAGAAGAGGUUACGGGCCAGGAUGGAGCUUUAGUUAAACAUGAGCGUGCUGGAUCAAGGCCAACCCUGGGGUCUGUCACAGUGCAGGCAGAGGGAGGCCUUUCUGCUGUAGACCAGAGGCAAAUAGAAGCCCUGUCUGCCUCACAAGCCAAGGCCAAAUUGUCUCAUUGGGAGCAGGGCAGUCGGAGUGUGGACCACAGACCCCUUCAGGACCAAGUUUCCUCCCCCUUUCUCUCUAUUUCUCAGAGCGGACGAUGCUCACCCAGGACUGACCCAAACCUUGCUCAACAGGGGGAGUGGUUACCAGGCCUUGAUGCCUCCCGAAGUGGGGUGACCGGUCUGGAGAAUGUGCAGGCGGACAGCACAGGCUGCUCUGGUCCAACUAACAGCAGCACCAGCAUAGACACACAUGGCUACAGACCCGGUUUUUGCUCUGACGAGACCAGCAAUGAGGAUGAUGAAAGCACUUUCCCUUUUCUGGACCAGGAGCCUGAGAACCAGAACUCCAAUCAGACCUCAGUACAGGGCCAGGGUGUGGGGCUAAGAGGGGCUCGGCAAGUUCAGUCACAAACGCCCUCUGUCGAAUCACCAUGGAGACCCAGAGAUGACAGGGCGGGAAGAGGUCCUGUUAGUCACACCCGGAGGGUAACAACUUUUGCAAAUAGAGACCCUCUCCGACCACAGUCCAAUGCACAGCAGCUUACCCUGCGGCACACAAACACCCUGAGCCACCCUGCAGCUCCUGGAGGGGGGAACGGGCGACCCUACACCUGUCCGUACUGCACCAAGUGUUUCACCUACCCGUCCCACCAGCGCAGACAUCUCUUACGGCACACAGGAGUCAGACUGCAUCCCUGUCAGUUUUGUGAGAAGAGCUUCCUCACUCCCUCCGAGCUUACUGUGCACACUCGCACGCACACGGGAGAGAGGCCGUUUGGCUGUGCGCAGUGCGGUAAACGCUUUGCCCGCAGCGGGAACUUGAGAGCCCACCAACGGGACGUGCACAUGGGGAAGAGGCCCUUUGCCUGCACAGAAUGUGGAAAAAGGUUUGCCCACAGGGGGAACCUGAGGGUGCACAACCACAGAGUCCACCAAGGUGAUCCCUACUACAUAGAUGAUCAGCAGGAGGCAGACAUGGGUCCAAAUCCCAUCUGAAGGACUGAAAAAUGAUGGGUCUGCUUUUGUUUAGUUUACAAAAUCCACCCUCAGAGGUUGAUUCAGGAUUGUGUUUUGUGUCUCUCAAAAAUGUAUUACAGAACAUUUCAAACUAAAUGAAGAAAACAGUGUCCCUGUAUUUUAUUUUAUUCUAUUGUAAGUUGAUUCAAUGCAACAAUAUAACUUCCACUUUUAAAGUUUAUUGUAUGUUUGUACUGAGAUAUAUGGUCAAGUUUAUUUAAUUCAGGUGUCUUAAUUUUUUUUUUUUAAUGCAGUUCAGUCUGACCCUAGAAAUAGAGCUUUUUACUUAACAUCCACGUGAAUCACUGUUUGAUCCUCGGAAAAAGGGAAAUAUCCAUGCACUAUUGGUGUAAAUUUGAUACAUUUCUCAAGUAUGGACAUGUGUUCAUGAUUUUAUUUUAUUUCAGUGGAAGUCACUGAAGUUUAACAACUACAAAUUUACAAAGCCAGUAAAGACGUGUACAUUUAGACAUGGCAUGCAAAGGUAGGAUAACUGUUCUUUCACGAUGUGCUGCCCAUCGACUCAAACUUGUAUUUUGUGUUGUAAAAUUGGAAAGUGUUCAUGAAACAAGUAUUUGGUUGUUACAGAAGAACUGUGCUUUUUAAUUUACCAUCCUGUCUUUUCAAAGUGAAAUUUAAAUUAAAUACUUGUACAAAAAGAA